AGAUCGCGCGUGCGCCGUUGUGGCUGAUGGUGUGGCGGCACGGCGAUGGAACCCUGCGAGCUGCAGAACGAGCUCGUGUCAGCCGAGGGCCGGAACCGGAAGGCGGUGCUGUGCCAGCGUUGUGGCUCUCGGGUGCUGCAGCCAGGGACUGCUCUUUUCUCUCGCCGGCAGCUCUUCCUCCCCUCCAUGAGAAAGAAGCCAGAUCUGGCCGACGGCAGCAAUCCUGAUGGUGAUCUCCUCCAGGAACACUGGCUGGUUAAUGACAUGUUCACCUUUGAGAAUGUGGGCUUCACCAAGGACGUGGGCAACAUCAAGUUUCUGGUCUGUGCAGACUGUGAGAUUGGACCCAUUGGCUGGCAUUGCCUAGAUGACAAGAACAGCUUCUAUGUGGCCUUGGAACGAGUUUCCCAUGAGUAACUGUGGGGCUAGGGACGUGGCUCCACCCUAGCUAUAAAACUCUCCCCACAAGAACCGACACUGGACCUGGUGUGUCAGCUGUGCUGGCAGACUUGUUGGUACUAAUAUAAAUGACGAGCACUGGUGUUUGCCCUUGAACCUGCAGAGGGCCAGUCCUGCUUCCGUCAGGCCUCAGAGCAUGCCUCCCACUUAGUCGUCUCUGUCGCACCUUGUCCUAAAGCCCUUUCCCCUGUUUUGGAACAUGGAAGAACAUGCAAGUACUCUACCAGUGUAGCCUGGUCCCUGGCACUCCGCCUCCAUGCCUUGACCCAGGGCUCGCUUCUUCCUCUCAACAAGAGCAGCAUUCAUCUUUUUAGCCAUGAUGAAAGGAAAUAAGAUGUUUACUCGCUAAUCGUUGAAACUCCACCUUUUCUCAUUCUAGAAGCCAAAUGUAAUAAGGUGCACAUCUGUAAUCCUAGUUUUUGGGAGGUAGAGGCAGGAGGAUCAGGAGUUCAAGGCCAACCUCAGCUACAUAGCCUGGGCCAGGUGAGACACUGUCUCAUAAAACAUAAAGCAUACAAGUAUUUGAGAGUUCAUUCGUUGUAUGUGACCUACUUGUCCACAGUAAUUUAUUCUUUUUAAAAGUAAAACAUUUACAAAUGUCAGUAUUUAAACCUAUUCAGAAACACAUUACUUUAGACACAUUUUCAAUUCUCUUCUUGAGAGCCCUUCUUCUGGGUUGAUAGUGGCAUUUUAUAGUGAAGAUGAACUCGACCCUUCUUCCUCAGAUCUUGGUCAGCUUUCUCUUUUUAUUAGCUCCUAGCUACUUCAGUCUCUGCACCAGGCUCUCUUGGAAUCAGAGUAGAGAGUAUACGGUAUACAAGAGGUCGGCCUCAGCCAGAUAACACAUGGGUUACUAGGAAAGACUUUUUUAGUGGCACUGCCACCAUUCAUUAAAUAUAGGUUGCAAGGGCCUUGGGAUUGUGGUUCACUUGGACCUUGUCUAUACCGACCGAGAAUGCAAACCUUGUCCAUGGAGAUUUCUAUUGUUACGGGCUUGGUGUCACCUUUUCUUAUUAGCCAACUUAAGUCUUCAACGUGAUUUCCAGUUGCUCUGUCAUUUCUCAUCUGGAGUGACCUGGUAGCUUAAAAGGACUCUGUAUAACCAGGUUCAAAUACAUUGCCAUCAUCCCUUCUUCUGGGGGGCCUACACUGAGAUAAGUAGACCUCAUUAUUCCUCAUAAUGUCAGUGCUUAGCAAGUGGGAGCAGAUCAAGAGUUCAGGGUUGGCCUCGGUUACAUAUCGAAUUCAAAGCCAGCCUGUACCACAUGAGAUCCUGUUUCAAAUGAACAAACACAUGAAAAAAUCAAGUAGGAACUGGAGAAACGUCUCACAGUUAAGAAUGUUUGCUGCUCUCUCAGAGGACCCGAAUUCAGUACCCAGCUCCCAGCAGGAGGCUCCCAGCUGCCUGUAACUCCAGUUCAUGCCCCUUCUGGUCCCUGCAGUUGCCUGCCCAUGAAUGGCGCACAUACAGACAAGCAGGUGCACACAUACAAAUAAGUAAAUAAAAAUUUUACGGAUUAAACCUU